AUGCAACCAAUAUCUCCAACCUGCAGUAGAAGUCGUGCGCGUUUCGUCAAAUUUUUAGUAACCUCACCGAACAGCAAGAGUUGCCCGUUAACACCCACCCAAAUGGUUAAAUUAACUCAAGUUGACGACGCUACCGCAAACGAUUUCACCGCCUCUGAGAAGCAGACGUUUGCUCACUCGGCUGGCAGUGACUCUGAAAUCAGUGAUUCUGACUCCGACAUCGAGGACGAUUUCGACCUUGAAAACGAGACAUUGGUCGAUAGAUUGGUGGCUUUGAAAGACAUUAUUCCUCCUCAAAACAGAACACAAAUCUUGAAUGCCAGUGAGGUUGCCAAGAGCUACCUUAUUUCCGCACUUCAUAGAUCAGGAAACUUGUUGUGGGGUUUGACCUCAUCGGCAUUAUUAUUGGGAGUUCCAUUAUCGUUGGCCAUUUUGGCUGAAACCCAGUUGCAAGAGAUGGAGAAGGAAAUGUCAUUACAGCAGUCUGCACAGGAUGUGUUGGCUCCUGGUUCUGAGUCUGCGUUUGGCGAUGAGAAGAAGGUUGCGACUGCUUAA